UCGCUCGCCGCUCGCCUCGCGCGCGUCGGCCAUGGCCACCCACACCACUUGCCUCUCGCCUUUCUCCCUCCUCUUCCUCAUCCCACCAAUGGCCAACUAAGCACGCGCUCUCGGUUUCUGUCUAACCCUGUGUUCGCCAUUGCUGACCAGAGUUCCAAGCUUCUUUUUUUUUCCUUCGAUUGCUGGGUCGCCGUACGCCGUUGCCGCGGCGGGAAUGGCUUCCUGUUCGUCGUACGGCGGGCGUGUCGCAGUGGUGCUCGUCGUGCUGCUGCUAUGUGUUUCCACGCUGGCGGCAGCGCAGCCGCUCAUGUCGUCGCAGGCCAAGACGCUGCUCUGGGUGCGCCGCCUGCUCGGGUUCCCGCCGGCGCUCGACGCGAUGACGGGGGCGCCGGACCUCUGCGCGCUGCCGCCCACGCCGUCGCUCACCGUCGCCUGCGCGGGCGGGCAGGUCACCGAGCUGUCCGUCCGCGGCGGCCGGGAGCCCGACGCGGCGUGGCGCACCGCGCUGCCGGCCAACUUCUCCGCCGACGCGCUCUUCACCACGCUCACCAGGCUCCCGGCGCUGUCGCGGCUCUCGCUCGUCGCGCUUGGCGUCUGGGGGGAGCUCCCCGGCGCCAAGCUCCACCGCCUCCAGGCGCUGCGGGUGCUCAACCUCAGCUCCAACUACCUCUACGGCGCCGUCCCCGAGCACUUCUCCCGGAUGUACUCGCUGCAGAGCCUCGUGCUGUCCCGGAACCGGCUCAACGGCACCGUGCCGCUGCUGUCCGGCCUCGCCUUCCUCGACGAGCUCGAUGUCGGCCACAAUAGGCUCGGCCCGGCGUUCCCCGAUGUGGGGAAUGCGGUGGUCCGGCUGGUACUGGCCAACAACAACUUCACCGGGAAGAUUCCGGCGGCGGUGAGCUCGCUGGGACAGCUCCAGUUCUUGGACGUGUCCGGCAACCGGCUGCAGGGGUGGAUCCCUUCCUCCAUCUUCGCGCUACCGGCGCUGCGGUACAUCGACCUGUCUCGCAACCAGCUCGCCGGGCAGCUGCCGGCGAGCACGGCAUGCGCGGACGCGCUGCGGUUCGUCGACGUCUCGGACAACCUGCUCGCCGGGGCGCGCCCGGCGUGCAUGCGGGGCAACUCGUCGGCGCGCACGGUGCUCGACGCGGGCAACUGCUUCCGCGACGCCAAGCUGCAGCGCCCGAGCACGUACUGCAACCCCGGGGCGCUCGCCGCCGUGCUGCCGCCGACGCAGGGGAGCGGAGGCGACCAGGGAGGCGGGAAGGGCGGCCAGGUCGGGAUGGUUCUCGGCAUUGUCGGCGGUGUCGUCGCCGGCGCGUCGCUGAUUGCGCUUGUGAUGAUGGCGGUGCUGAGGAGGGCGAGGAGGCACCACCCAGAGGCGACCAUCUUGCCCAGGUCGCCGCUGGCGACUCCGGCGAAGAAGGCGGCGGAUGGCGGCAAGUCUCCGGCCAAGGUGACCCAGAGGAUUGUCACUCCGGCUGAUAAGAGGCAUGCAUCACAAGCUGCAAGGGUGAAUACAUUGGAAGUGCCAGCGUAUCGUGUGUACACACUUGAGGAGCUCCAAGAAGCAACCAACAACUUUGGUUCAUCAAACUUGAUCAGCAGUUCUCCUGUUGCAAAGUAUUACAACGGUCAGCUUCAAGAUGGUUCGCGAGUGUCACUGAGAUGCCUGAAGCUGAAACCGAAGUAUUCUCCUCAGAGCCUGACCCAAUACAUGGAGAUAGUCUCUAAACUUCGACACCGCCAUUUGGUUAGCAUCAUUGGUCACUGCAUUGUUGAAGAUCAAGAGAAUCCUAAUAUUGCUAGUUCAGUAUGCUUCGUUGCUGAACAUGUAACAAAUGGAUCCCUAAGAAGUCAUCUAACCGAGUGGAGGAAGCGUGAGAUGCUAAAAUGGCCGCAACGUGUUUCUGCUGCUAUUGGUGUUGCCAGAGGGAUCCAAUUUUUGCAUGAUGUGACUGCUCCAGACAUUGUUCAUAAUGAUCUAAGCAUUGAAAAUAUUCUUCUGGACAAGACACUCACUUCCAAAAUUAGCAACUUUAAUCUCCCAAUGAUAUCAACUAGCAAGAAUGGCAAGAUAUUCUCAGAAACCCCAUUUGCCAUAUCUGAAGACAACGAUCUUGGCAGCGUGCAAAGCACAGAACAAACGGACAAAGAUGACAUCUACCAGUUUGGACUAAUUCUUCUAGAAGUAAUCACUGGCAAGCCAACAGGGUCCCAAAAUGACCUGGAUUCCCUGAAAACUCAGAUAAGUGAAGCCAUAGCUGAAGACCCAGACUUGCUGAAAGACAUGGCCGACCCGGCGAUCCGUGGCACGUUCGCCGUCGAGUCCCUGAGCACGGUGGCCGAGAUAGCACUCAACUGCACUGCCAGUGACCCAAGCAGCCGGCCCUCCAUGGAGGACGUCAUCUGGAACCUCCAGUACUCCAUGCAGGUGCAGGACGGGUGGGCAAGCAGCGAGAGCCUGAGCCUGAGCACCAGAUGACAAGGCAACAUACACAUGCAAAUUCACUUCUGAGUCGAGGAAAAAGAUGCAAUUUCACUUUCAGAUUGGUUGCGAUUUUGCUGUGCAGCUGUGUGGCGCUGCUACUUCCUUGUGUAUAGCAGUUUUUUCUUUCUUUCUUGUUGCUCAAAUUUGUAGCGUUCCAGCUAGAGCAAUUAAGACCAAAACUAUUGGACCAAUAUUACUUGAUCUGGCCAUCUGGGGACAGCAUUUACAGCUCGACCAAACGAAAGUGGGCACAUGAAUUCAUAUGAAUUCCAUAGGAACCGACGAAAGUUAAGGAUUCUGUAUA